AUUGUUCAUGUAUUUAUUGUUAUUUUUUUAAAUCUCUAAACUGCCAAAUCAUCACAUUAAAGUUAUUCAAAUGAUGAAUGUGAUGAGUGGGAAAAAAAGCUUCCGGAGCGAAACAACAAACGUCCUACUGUAACGGAAUCCCCUGAACGCGGCACAAAGCUGCCACCGGCAGCCAUGGUAACCGCGCGACGCUAGCUAAGCCGAAACACGGCGCGGUGUUCGGCGCUGGACCAGCCGGGAGGCCGACGCGAGUAGCCCGUUGGGGCUCCACGUCUUACACUUAUCGAGCCUUAGUCUUCGUUUGUUACACUUGUUUGUCGCCCGCGAGCGUUUCCUCGCGCUCCUCCCCCGGCGGGACUCGACGGUAACUGAAUGUAGCUCGUAUGCUAGCUGCUAGCUAGCUAGCUAGCCAGCCAGCUAGCUGCACACUUGAUGCUCCAGCGCGCCAGUUCUAACUCUACGUUUACAGAUGGCUUUCUAUGACGUCUAUUCUCACCCGGCUUUGAUUCGGUACAAGACGAGUGUGUGCACGAAAGCGACGCUGUUUCUGCUCGUUGUUUUGUGCCUCACCUACAUCUCACCCCUGCUCGUUGCCUACAGGAGCCACGGUUUCUGGAUAAAAAGAAGCACCUACGAGGAACAACCGGAUGUGAGGUUCCAGUACCAGACGCUGCUGGUGGCAGCGACCAGUCCUCGGGGAGACUACGUGGCCUGGAGCACCUUCCCCCGUCUCAACGACAUGCUGGGGGCCAACCUGCGCAUCCCGUCUGUCUCUGUGAGAGAAGAUGACCACAACCGGGACGGGAAGUCUGAUCUCCUGAUUUUCCGACUGCAGCUACCCAUAAAGCCGGAGGAGCAGGUGUACAGCGUCCAACUGCUGCUCACCUUCAGCUACAAGCUCUUUCGGAUGUCCACGGUGGUGAUGCAGAGCCUGGCUUACGUGCAACACUCCUCACCCGUCCCCGGGGCGAAGCUGUCGGUCAGCGGAGACCUGAGGCUGAUGCAGAGGACGCCGCUGCCUCACCGCGGGCUGCACGACGUCUACAACGUGUCGGUGAUCGACGGCUCCAGCCCCUUUGCUAGUGCGUACAACCUGGACGGCAUCAUCCGCCGCUACCAGGAACGAAACCUGACCACAGUCCUGUCCUGUCCCAUGCCGGUCUGGACGGUCGGCCGCGCCGCCGGUUCUCCCUUCCAGCUCGACGCUGAGAUCCGGUACCCCAUGGAGGUCAUUAGAUAUCCUUUAAAAAAAAAAAAAUGAAAACGUCUCUGUGUACGACGCGUUCCUCGAUGCACGAGGCACUGCGGGGGGGGCUCAUCGAUGUGGGGGAGCCGUCUCAUUCAUAUAUACACUCUAUGCUUCUCUAAAAUAGCCUGAAAUACUUGUGCACGAGUAGGUUAAAUCGCGGGCCGAACACCACAAAGGUGCUUUACGAAGCAACCAGGACAUCGUCAUCCUUCAUGUCUCAGUGACCGAAUAACACAUCCUUUUAGCCUCCUUUGUUAGCGAUGAGAAACCUGAGUAAACGGAGCUGAAAUGAGCGUUGGUUUACUUUGUCUGGGCCGGUUGCCGUCUUUUGGGCUUCUUCUUCAAAGCACAGGAUCCAU